AUGUCGCACAGCAAGACCGCUCUCGUCACCGGUGGGACCCGAGGAAUCGGCUACGGUAUAGCCGAGGAGCUCGCCUCUGCCGGGUACGAUCUCGUUCUAGGCUACCGACGGAACCAAGAACGCGCUCAAGACACCAAAGGAAACUUGGAGAAAACGUACAAGACACGCGCGUUCGUGGUGGGUGGAGGGGCAGAAGAAGAAGCCACGGUGGACGCUUACUUCUCCUGUAUCGACGAGAACUUCGGCGGCAAGCUGACUGCGCUCGUCCACAAUGCCGGUAGUUUCUGGGGUGGCCUGCCACCUAGCCGACCUGACGCUAACGGCAGCUGGUUCCAGGGCUGGGAGGCGUACGAGUACUACCAGGGCAUGUACCCGAAAUGUUUCAUCAGGCUCGUGGAAAAGGCAGUCACCCGUAUGGAGGACGAGCGAGGCUACAUCGUCGGUGUGUCCUCUCCUGGGUGCAGUAACAGCGGAGGUCCCCAUCUCAACCACGUUAUGCCUGGCAUCUCCAAGUCCAGUAUGGAGUACCUGGUUCGGCACUACGCUAAGCAACUGGCGCCCAGGAGGAUCACUUGUAACGUCAUCAUUCCAGAGUUCACCAAGACCGAGACCGAGGGUCUACUUGGACUGGGCUUCGUGGAAUUGCACACAAGAAAACACGAGAAACUUACGACCAUGGUUUCAAAGUUACUCAAGUCGAGUCCGAGAUAA